GCAAGUGGUGGUGGUGGGGGAGGUUGAGAUCCGCCAUUGCUUGAGGAAGUCGUGGAGUUGAUGGUCUGGUGGAGUCGUCCCUGGCGGAGUGAACACUGCGGAGCGGAGACUGUGGCGUGUGUAGAUCAGUGUAGAGUGUAGUAGACUGUAGGCUAGUAGUAGACUGUAGGCUAGUAGUAGAGUGGCCUCUGCGUGUCGUGCUGCCAUGGCUUCGCCUCCGAAGGAGCACCCCGACCUCAAGGGCGGACAUCUCCCCGCGGUGAGAGCCGGCGGGAUGCGGAUCGUGCAGAAGCACCACCCUGGGUCCCCCGCGGCACCCGUCCCCAGCAAGCCGGACGAGCACGGCGAGGAGGAGGAGGAGGAAGAGGAGACGCCCGCCCCGCCGGCGCCCAAGCCGCCAGUCGUCGUCGUGUCCGGAGCCAUCGCCAGGGGGGAUAAGGACUUCCCCCCAGAGGCUGUGAAAGUCGCUCACGAGAAGCCACAGCCGAAGGUGGAGCGCAACUGGGCGACUCCUCACGUCAACGCACACAUCCAGCAGCCUCGCAAGUGAAGGGCUCGCCACACAUUCACUGACACACACUGACAUACACACACAGACACUGACAUACACACACACACUGACAUACA